UUCUUCCAAUUCGGCUGCUGGACGGAUUAUAUCCAUGCAUCUGUCAAGAAGGAAAGGCAGUUUCUCCAGCGCCGACGGAGUAGCCAUGAAGCAUAUCCCGCGCAGGAGCAACAACCUGUCCGUGUUCGUGGUCGUCGGCUCCGUCCUCCUCUUUGCGUUUUUCAUGUACAACGAAGACGUCAAAUCGAUCGCUGAAUUCCCAUUCUCGAGGCAGAAAGCUCGGCAAGAGAACGAUGCAGCGCAGACAUCAAACGACUUGCAGGAGCAGCCGACAUUGGAAGUUCAGCCAAAGGCUAAUGGGGAAGCCCCUCCCAGCAAGAUGAUUUUGAUGCCUCGAUCCGAUGGGGAGGCUAACAGACCCGUGGGGAAGAAAUUUGAUAGAGAAAACGGAGAUGGGGAGCGGGAAGAUAACAGAGACGUCGACGCUGACGAUGGAAAAAUGCAGGAAAUCAAGAAGAUGACGAAGGAGGAGGAGGGUGAGGAAGGGGAGGAAGAGGAGAAGGAGAAGGAAAGGAAGGAAGCAGUACCAGAGGAAGAAGACAUAAUUUACGAUAUACCAAAAGAUUGCGAUCUCUUCGAUGGGGAGUGGGUGUUUGACAACGUAAGCUACCCUUUGUACAGAGAGAGCGAUUGUGAGUUCAUGACAGAACAAGUGACUUGCGUCAGAAAUGGAAGGAAAGACACUCUGUAUCAAAAUUGGAGAUGGCAGCCUCGCAAAUGCUCAAUGCCAAAGUUCAGCGCGAAACUGUUACUGGAGAAGCUGAGGAAGAGGCUCAUGUUUGUGGGAGAUUCGAUCAAUAGAAAUCAAUGGGAAUCAAUGGUUUGCCUUGUCCAAUCCGUCAUACCCCCCGGCAAGAAGAGCUUGACCAAAAAUGGAUCCCUGAACGUGUUCAGAGCAGAGGAAUAUAACGCAACAGUGGAGUUCUACUGGGCGCCUUUCUUGGUGGAAUCCAACUCCGACGACCCAAAGAUGCACAGCAUAUUGAAUCGGAUUAUAAUGCCUGAAUCGAUCGCCAAACACGCAGAAAAUUGGAGGGGAGUUGACGUUUUGAUCUUCAAUACAUAUAUCUGGUGGAUGAACACAUUCAAGAUGAAAGUUCUGCGGGGGUCGUUCCAGAAUGGCUCUACGGAAUACGACGAGAUCGAAAGGCCGGUGGCGUAUGAAAGGGUGCUGAGGACUUGGUCAAAGUGGGUGGAUGCCAAUAUCGACGAGAGAAGAACCAAAGUCUUCUUUUGCACCAUGUCUCCUCUCCACAUUAAGAGCAUGGACUGGUUCAACCCGAACGGAAUCAAGUGUGCGUUGGAGACCACGCCGAUCCCGAAGAACAUCUCAUACUUGGAGGUGGGAACAGACCGGCGACUCUUAGUGGUGGCGACGAAUGUGACCUCCUCGAUGAAGGUUCCGGUGUUCUUUGUGAACUUGACGACCCUGUCCGAGUACCGAAAAGACGCACAUACAUCCGUUUACACGAUCCGGCAAGGCAAGCUUUUGACGGCUGAGCAAAAGGCCGACCCCGAGACUUACGCUGACUGUAUCCAUUGGUGCUUGCCGGGGCUGCCCGAUACUUGGAACGAGUUCAUAUACGCUAAGCUCAUCUCCCGUUCAUAGGAACUACCCAACCACAUAAUUGGUUUUUUUUUCUUUUUUUUUUUGUUUUCUAUAUUUUUUUAGUCUUUGGUUUUGGGGAUUUUGUAAUAUGGUUUGUCUCCUUUGGACUGCUACGGUAAAGGUAGCUAGCAAAGCAGGAGCUGUCUUUAUUUUAUCAGUCUGAGUGUCUCACCAGCUGUGUUUUUCAUGUUUUAUUCAUUUGAUUAAUGACAAACUUUUAGCUCUCA